AUUACACCGCAUUGUUGACGUCCGGAGCGAACGUGGCAGAAUGCACCGGUCAAGAUUAGUUUUCGUGCUCAUUUUGCUACUCGUGUUUAUACAAACCAGGGCAAAAAAGGGGAAGUCCCUUAUUGACAGUGUAGAUGAUCUUAAAGAAUUCAAAAAAUUUCUUAGGACCAAGACUAACCUUCUUGUGAUAUUUACCAAGUCAGAAAAUGCAGCUUCCAAGCUUAUGCCAAUGUUUGAUGGUGUCGCAGAAGACAUUAAGGGCAAAGGGUCUCUUGCCAUAGUGGACUGCAGUGGUGAGGCAAAGAAACUCUGCAAGACUUUGAAGGUCUCUCCAUCACCGCUAGAACUCCGCCAUUACAAGGAUGGAGACUUUAACAAGAAUUAUGACAGAAAAAUGGUCCAAAAGUCAAUGGUCAAUUUUAUGCUGGACCCUAAAGGGGAUCUGCCCUGGGAGGAAGAGGAAGGGGCAGAAGACGUGAUACACAUUAACUCUGAGCAGAAUUUCCAAAAACUGCUCAAGAAGAAUAAAAAACCAACUUUAGUUAUGUUUUAUGCACCAUGGUGUGGAUAUUGCAAGCGACUCAAACCAGACUUUGCUGCUGCUGCUUCUGAAUUGAGAAAUGAAGUUAACAUGGUAGGUGUGGACGUGGACAAACCAGAUUUGUACACGCUGAGGGCCGCAUUCAAUAUAACUGGCUUCCCGACCAUCUACUAUUUUGAGGAAGGACAGCUGAAAUAUAAAUAUGGUGGUGAAAACAAUAAAGACGGGCUUAUAAAAUGGCUCAAAAAUCCAGGGCCUCCUGAGGAGCCAAAGGCUGAUACACAAUGGGAAGACGAGGCGCCAGAAAUAGCUCAUCUCCAUGACGACACUUUUACUGACUACCUGGCAACGCAUAGCUCUGUAUUGGUCAUGUUUUAUGCACCUUGGUGUGGACAUUGCAAGAAAAUGAAGCCUGAAUAUGUGGAGGCGGCCCAAAAAAUGGUGGCAGAGGAGAUUGAUGGUGCAUUAGCUGCAGUUGAUGCAACAGUUGACAAGAAACUUGGAGAGCAGUUUAAAGUACAAGGCUUUCCCACAGUCAAAUAUUUUAAGGAUGGUGAAUUCAAAUUUGAUGUCAAUGAACGGACAGCAGAUAAAAUCAUGGAGUUCAUGAAAGACCCCAAGGAGCCCCCUCCCCCAGCCCCAGAGGAGCAAUCCUGGGCAGACACACCCAGUGAGGUGAUACAUCUCACGGAUGAGACAUUUAAGACAACACUGAAGAAGAAGAAACAUGCCCUUGUUAUGUUCUAUGCACCGUGGUGCGGCCAUUGCAAGAAAGCUAAGCCAGAGUUCAUGCAAGCUGCAGAGAAGAUGAAGGAGGAUACCAAGGUUGCAUUCGGCGCCAUGGAUUGCACCAUACACAAGGUGACGUGUGGAGAACAUGAGGUGCAAGGCUAUCCCACCCUCAAGUACUUCAACUACGGGAAAAAUGCUCAGAAAUACAUGGGAGGCAGAGAGGAGGCAGAUUUCCUCAAGUUCAUGAAGGAUCCCUUGAACACGGAGCCUGAACCCAGCACCCCACCUGCUCCCAGCCCAGAAGAACACUGGAGUGAUGUGGCAGGGUACCAAAACGUCCACUUCCUAAGGGAGGCAACCUUUGAAAGCUUCAUCAAGGAGCAUAACUCUGUGCUAGUGAUGUUUUAUGCGCCAUGGUGUGGUCACUGCAAGGCCAUGAAGCCAGCCUAUGGGGAGGCAGCUACCCAGCUCAAGGAAGAAGGGGUGGCAGGUGUGUUGGCUGCAGUGGAUGCUACUAUAGACAGCAGUAUCUCCUCCAGAUAUGAAGUCAGGGGAUAUCCAACUUUGAAAUAUUUUAAGAACGGAAAACUGGCUUACGAUUAUGGAUUUGCCAGAACCAAAGAGGCCUUGAUUACAUUUAUGAAAGAUCCCAAGGAGCCACCCCCGCCCCCCAAGCCGGAGCCAGAGUGGAGCACUGUGAAGAGUAACGUGAAGCACCUGACGGGCGCAGACUUCUCCUCGUUCCUCAAGUCCAAGCAGGCGGUGCUGGUAAUGUUCUAUGCACCGUGGUGUGGACACUGCAAGAAGGCCAAGCCAUUCUAUCAGGGGGCCGCUGAUAAACUGGCCGAUGAGACCCGCGCUCUGGCUGCUGUGGAUUGCACUGCUGAAAGUAAUAAAGAAAUAUGCAAUAAAGAAGAAGUCAAAGGUUUCCCAACAUUAAAGCUGUACAUAAAGGGAAAAUAUCUCUCUGAAUACAAUGGGGACAGGACAGAAGAAGAAUUCUACAAGUUUAUUUUAAAUGCACCAACGCCCAAGGAUGAACUAUAGAUCUCUUUAGAUAGGUAUUUUUUACAAUUUAUUAUGGGUUUUGUUGUAUUUUGUUCAGUUAUUAUUUUAUUUGUAUCAAGGUGGCAGUGGAUAAAAUAGUUCUUUUUAUAAAUAUCCUGUAAAACUUGCAUUUUUAUUCUGAUAUUAUAUUUAUAAAUCAAGGUCGGUGUUGAUGCAUGAGUUGGUGGUAAAACCACUUAUCAAUCAGACUUGAGGACUGGUUAACAGCUGUGUUCUGAAAACAAUAUAUGGUACUUUCUGGAUGUGAUGUUAUUUUUGUUUGGAAAAAAAAUAAUUCUUCGAAGUUACAGCAUGUACUUAUUUGAACAUUCAUGUAUUUUCAACUAUAAUAGUAUUUGUAAUAAGCCAAUUUGGCAAAGCCCUGUCAUUGCAAUGGAUUUGUGAUACUGGUGUAAUAAGGAAAUAAUGGGCAGCUAAACAUGUGGAUAUGUCUUGAAAAAAAGCAAUCAAUUUCAGUAAAAUUGAGUGCAAAGCUUACUAAUUGUUACAGAGAAAUUGUUGUAAAAGUUUUCAUACCAUGACAUUACAAACAAUUGCCAGUUUCAAGUUUUAUUCCUGUGACUUAUUUGUAUUAUCUGUUAAAGAUCUAAACAUCAAGUAAUCUUGGAUUUUGUACCAAUUUUAGAAAUUAGUCAUAGCCAUGAUGCUGCUGUUAAUUAUUCAAUGCAUUUCAAUGAUUUUACAAAUGUGGUUGUUUCUUUAUUACAUUGUAUAUAAAUUAUUGCAUAUUUAAUGCUACAUUAAUUGUAAUGUGUCUGAAUGUUAAAAAAAAAACAUUUGGAAACUAUUCAAACUGUUUUUGCCAUCAUGCUGCUGCCUUGUUACUAUUGACAAAACAAUUUGAAGGUAAGUCUAAAAUUGUCCUUGACAGUCGGAAUACUUCUUUGUACCAAGUUAUCACAAUCAUUCCGGAAAUAAAUUUGUGUUAAUGCAAUUUAUUCUUACUAAUUUGUAGAACACAAGACAACAAAUCUGAAGAUGACGGGUUUGAUCACUGGCCCGUCAAUUCUUUCUACAGCAUUUUUUCUCCUACCUCUAAUUAACCCUUUCUCCCAUAAGCAAAGUGAAAAUGGCUAUGUGCAAACAGCAUAAAACCAGAACAGCAUGUGAGUAACUCAUAGUUUGUUCAGGUGUUAUGCUGUUGCUACAAAUCAGUAUCUUAGGGUGGGAAAGGAGCCUUUAAAACUUGAAUCUAGUAAGAAAGGUCUUAAAUUACAUUUAACUUUAUGAGGGACAAGUGUGUCAAAAUAUGUAUCUAAGUGGUAAAGGAUUAAAGAGUGGGCAGUUAUCAUGUAUUAGCAUAAGUAUGUACCGAUACACUAAUUACUGGUCAACCAGGUAUCCAAAUUAAAAUGUGAGUCGUAAACUGACUGCAGUGAUUUGACUGAAGCACUGUUGAAAAUCUAUAUAUAAAAACAUAAAAACUCUAAACAAAAAACAAAUUAUUUCUAUUUCAUUUUAUAUCUUCCAAGGUCUUACUUUUCAAGGGUCAGUUAACAUGUCUGUAUACAAUAUAUUUAGUUUUUACUUGUUACAAAAAUAAUUUCUCCAAUCUGUGCAAAGCAUGAUUCACAAACCUCCUCGGUGAUAUUUUUAAACUUAAAAAAAAGUUAAACAGUAGUCAUGUUUAUACCUUUAACUUACAAAUAGGUUACUAUAUAAUUUCUACAAAACAUUGUGUUGUUGAACAUUUAAGUUGUUUACUUUGUUAUUGAAAAUGUGUGUGUGUGUGUGUGACAUGGUGGUGGAUUAAAUUUGUGUAAUAAUCUUCUUUAAAAACGACAUAAAACUGAUUUAAAAUGAAAUCCAGCUGUCCACUCAAGUUAAAUCAUGAAAUUAAAACAAUUCUUUAAUGUUAUUUUGUGGUAUUGGGGUAAUGAUGUCUUAUUCUAAAUUGUAUCACUGAUGUUGAUAUUAGAUGAAGUGUUUGAUGUAUUUGCUGAUGAUGUAUUUGUAUUUCCUGAGUGUUAUGGGGAUAACUGAUGCUUUUUCAGUGUAUUAUGUAAAUUGCAUUUACCAGGUAUAUCACAGCCAUUUUUUUUGUUCAUUUAUUCUUGUACAUAAAAAUGCCUUUUAUCAGAAAUAUGCAAAUUCAUAUCGUUUGAUCUUUUGUAUUCUUUUUUUUCAAAUGUCGAGUUUAAUACAUGACAGUGGUGUAAUGUUUCAGUUGAUACAGUUCAUGAUGUCAGAUCAUUUUGAAAAACCAGUGAGACGCGCUCUGUGAUAAGGGGGUUUAAUACAUGUGCGUAAAGUGUUGUCCAAGAUAAGCCUGUGCAGUUUGCACAGGCUAAUCAGGGACGACUCUUUCUGCCUAGAUUAAAUUUUUGCAAAGAAGAGACUUUCUUUAAAUGAAAAAUAUCAUAAAAGAAGAAAGUGUUUUCACUGAUUUGCCUGUGCAGACUGCGUAGGGGUAUCUUGGACGACAAUUAACGUACAUACAUUAAGCUUUAAGUCUUGUCUUGUCAUUAAGCCUCGUUUUCCAAGAAGGAGGCUCAUGUGUUUUAAGUAUGCCGGCAGCAUUUGAACCUGCUUGGGGGCUGGCAUGGCAUUUGAGACUUAGUUACAACUGUUCAAGUCAUGAUUUGUUGCUGGUAUUCAUUUUUACCAUCUGUUUGGUUUUCUCUUUGGCCUGUCAAGCUUGUUAUAUUAAUAUCACUAUUUUUUGUGAUCCGAUUUUGUUUCACUGUAUUAUGCUGUUUGUUUAAAACACAUUUUCAAGACUUUAACUUAGUGAAAGCGUGAUAUACAGCCAUAAAUAUAUGUGACACCUAUACAUAUCUGUGAUCAUACAUAAAAGUCAACAUGCAUGUAAUUAUAAUUUAUGAAUUGUUCAAAUAUAUUUAACACUGUUGUGGUAAAGCAUUUACAGAUUGAAUAUGAGUUCUCUGAAAAUGUUGGUGAGUUUCGUUCAAGCAAAUACUUUUUCUUUUCUUUUCAAGCAAAUGCUAUUUCUUUUACAUUCAUUUCAGCAGCUUACCAUAAUUUGUUUCAUUAAGUUUUUUAGUUUAUGAUUGCAGUGAUCGAUCACAUGGGUUUUCUUUUUUCACACGAUCAUUCAAGUAAUAAAAUUAUGCAAACUAAUAUAUGAAUAAUAAAUAUAAUGAAACAACUAA